AUGAAGGUGACGACUACGCUUAUCUCGCGCGCAUGCAGCGCAUCGAGCAGCCGCUCUGGAGCGAUCCAGCCUCUGCGUCGCUUUGCAACAUCCGCCCCCGCCUCGAACAGCGGUUCGGGUUCGGCGCUGGACGAGCUAUCGUCGUCGAUCGAACAGCUGGCACGCAACCGUGCUGCUGCCGCCCCGCCUGCCUCGGGAGCGGUGCACAAUCCACGCAGCCCUACGCCCGUUCGUGACCGUCAGACGGUUUCCGGCCGUGCGUUUAUGAACGGCCACUACUACAACCCCGCCACGCUCUCGUAUACGUCGAUCACCGAACGUCCCGCGCGACUAGCCCGCCCGCUCCUCGGCCCCACGCGUAAAGAAGCGGAACAGCAGGAUAUGAUCCACAUCAACGGGCUCAAGCCGGGAAAACCGAGCCUGCACGACGACUCGUAUAAGAACGCGGCGAUCCUGGCCAACUUUGUCAGCGAGAUGGGAAAGAUCAUGCCACGUGCCAGCACGGGAUUGACGAGGAAGAGCCAGAGACAGGUCGGCAAGGCCGUCAGGAGGGCAAGGAGCAUGGGUCUGCUUCCUGUCAUGAGCAGGGGCGGUACAAGGGCAAGCGGCGCCGGUUGGAAGUAG